GCGAGUUUCCGCUUGAAAAAGUUGCGCUGCCAUCAACCAUCCCAAACAAAACUUUUUUUUGGAGCUGAAGUUGCAGAAGACUUCGUGUGCAUUGAUCAACUAUUUGCAAUAAAAUAAUGGUUAAUCACCUGCAACAGAAACAGGAGGCUGGACAAGGACUUGGAGGCCGAUGCAACUUCUUCACCCCAUGGUCAUGUGGCAACCAAGACGAAUUAAGCCUAGGCGGAGGUGGUGACUUGAUGAAUAGUCCUACGAAAGCCAGUUCUUUUGAUCAAUUUGGUGUUUUGGAUGAUCUUGUAACACAAAUUAUUGAUGAAGGAACAGCUGCCCAUCCAAGUGAAGAGGCAUCAACCACAAAAGAAUUCCGAAAUCCCAGCAGUGAUGCUGCAUUCUCCAAACAGUUUCAGCCAUCUGAGAACCCUAAUUGGUCAAGUGGUGGACAUAGCUUACUAAAAUCUGACACAUUGGCUAUCUCUGUCCCUCCUGGACUUGAAAAGGCAAACACCUUUUCCCAUUUUCAAGACCAGUAUGAUCAACAAACCAGAUAUGCUCAAGGUCCAGGUUCAGCUCAAGGUGUCAUCCAAAAUCAGUAUUUGAAAUCCACUGAUUCUGUGUCUCAGCAAGAUGCUAUAAACAAGUUGAAAGAGCUGAAUAUUAUCAGUGAUAUCAAUAUUGAAAACAGCAUUUUGUACUCAGUUUAUGGUGAACCUAUUGAAGAGUCACCAGUAUCCACCAGUCUAACCUCAGUUGAAUCACUAAAUAAGUCUGACUUGGCAAAUGAACAAUUUGCUGUAAACCCAUCCAAUCAAGGAAUUGGCUUUUCACAGCCCAGAGUUGAUCAGAGGGGUUUUAGUGUGAACUCUCCCUUUGAGUUCUCUUCGUCAGCCUCCAAUUCCCCUAAUCCUUAUGAUUCAUCAUCAUUCCCAGUCCCAGGUACCAGCCCUGCCUUUCUACCACAGACCUUCCAAACUAUAAGUAGCUCUGAUAAUGAUCACAUGUACGGUAGUAAUAACUCCAGGUUUGACCAGCUUUAUCAUGCACAAGUCACAUCAAAUGAAAGACUGCCUGACAGACAAGACAGGGACAGAAUGCCUACUCCAUACUUUAAACGUUAUCAAGAUAACUUUCAAAGCAUUCAGCAGAGGUUUAAAUGUGAUCAGCAAUCAUUAGAGGAACACUCUAGUGUUCCUUUGUCAAGCUACCAAGCCAUCUUUGAGAAACAAGGAAGAACUGCUCAGCACCAAUACCAUGAACAGUUGCUACAUCAUCCAAAGUUUCAUCCAAAUUCUUUUAUGCCAAAACACAGAAAUGGACAUUCUACUCACUUUCAAGACUUAGAUGGGAUUCAAGGACAGUAUAAUAUUCACCCAAUGUUGAGAAAACCCAGUGCAUCAACUGAACUUCAUGUCCAGUUGGAAGGAGCCUAUGAACAAUUUAGAUUGAUGGAAAAGGAAAGGAAAAAAACUGAAGCUGACCUUGUUGUUAUGAAUCCUGGGAGACGCAUGAGUAGUUCUAAUACUAUUCCUAUUCCAAAGUUACUUGCCAACCCUUCUAAAGUUGAUAGACUUAUUGUAGAUAUGAUACGAGAACACAACAAGAUUUCAAGUGAUAGUAUCAUUGUUGUAAAGAAUUAA